AUGACAGUUGAUAUCUUGUGGAAGAAGUUCCCAAUCAAGCAGUCAGAGCUCUGUCUCUCCAAAGUGCUCAGAUGUGGCCAGGCGUUUCGCUGGAAGAAUAUCCACGACGUCUGGUCGUUUGCCAUCAGAGAUCGAGUGGUGUUACUCAAGCAGGACGAAGAGUACAUCCACUAUUCCCAGUUGAUGCUGGAGUCCAGCAAGAUCUCCGCAGCAGACUCCGACGCUACCCUCUCCUUUGUUGAAGACUACUUCAGCUUGAACUUGGACCUCCAAGAGUUGUAUUCCCACUGGCAGCUGCAACACUCCAAAUACCACCACCCUUCCAAGGUGUCGCCAUUUGACGUCUUCAAGGGCAUCCGCAUCCUCCACCAGGACCCAUGGGAGACCCUCAUCUCCUUUAUUUGUUCCUCCAACAACAACGUCAAGAGAAUCUCCAAAAUGUGUGAAAAUAUCUGUGUGGAGUUUGGCGAGCACAUCACAGAAUACGAUGGCGUUUCCUUCUACGCGUUCCCCGAGCCUGAGAGGCUUGCAGAGCCCCAUGUAGAGGCUCGCUUGCGUGAACUUGGUUUUGGCUACAGAGCCAAGUAUAUCUAUCAGACAGCAUGCAAGUUGACGGGCGAUGAUCCUGAGCUCUCGGUUGCGAAAUUGAACGAAAUGAGAGAACACGAUUACGAUACUGCGCACGAGUUUCUCCUCCAGUUGAGUGGAGUGGGUCCCAAGGUCGCAGAUUGUAUCUGUUUGAUGGCUUUGGAGAAACACGAUGUGGUUCCAGUGGACACUCAUGUCUACCAGAUCGCCAUUCGCGACUAUAAAUUUAAAGGCAAGCGAGACAUGAAGACCAUGAACAAGGUAGUAUACAAAUCAAUUCGGGAGCACUUCAAGGGCAUUUUUGGUCCCUACGCGGGGUGGGCACAGUCCGUUCUUUUCACUGCGGAUUUGGGCGACUUGAAGAAUGGUACCAAUAUCGAAAAAACCGACACAGAGACGGAAGCACAGGUCAAGAGUGCUGUGAAGAUUGAGGUCAAGACCGAAGUCCAAUCCGAAGUCGAAGUUGUGCCCAGCCGCAACAAGAGAAACGUCUCGCCAAUUAUUAAAAUGGAGACGAAGAGAGUCAAGGUGUUGAGCUAG